AUGCAAUUAGAUACCGGUUCAGACGUAUCGAUAAUAAAUACGGCAACAUGGAGUAAAAUAGGCAGGCCGUUGUGUAAAAAGACUACUAGGAUAGCCCAUGGUGUGUCAGGAGAACGAGUUCGAUUCUUGGGUGAAACCUCAACAGAAAUAAAACUCAAAAACAGGACAUGGAAAUGUAAACUAAUGAUCUCAAAAAAUACAAUGAAUCUGUUUGGGACGGAUUUAAUGAAAGGAUUCAACCUGUGGGAUCUAUCACUGAAUAUAUUGUGUAACAAGGUGAAUGCGUCACAGCCCGUGUCAGAGAAAGCAUUGGAAAAAAUGAAAUUAAAACUGAAAAGGAUGUACCCAGAUAUUUUUUCGAAAGAGCUCGGUAUGUGUGAAAAAAUUAAAGUAAAGUUUGAGUUAAAAGAAAAUGCGGUGCCGGUGUUUAAACCGAAAUGGAAUGUACUGUUUGCGGCGUUGAAUCAAGUUGAGAAGGAAUUAGAACGAUUGGAAGACCUGGAAGUAAUUGAAAAAGUGGAUUACUCAGAGUGGGCAGCUACUACGGUAUAUAUAAAAAAGAAGAAUAACGAGGUAAGAGUAUGUGUGGACUUCUCAACUGGGCUGAAUGACUGUUUAAAAAAGUAUAAUUAUCCGCUGCCAAAUCCCGAGGAAGUAUUUGCCAAGUGCAGUGGUGGGAAAAUUUUUUCCAAGCUGGAUUUGUCUGAGGCCUACCUCCAAUUACAGGUAGACGAAGAAUGUGCUAGAGUAUUAACAAUUAAUACUCAUAAAGGUCUGUAUCGUUUCAAAAGACUGCCAUUUGGGGUGAAGGUUGCACCAGCAAUAUUUUAG